AGUCUUGAAGAAUUUCAUCAAUAAAGUUUUGUUAAAAUAUGUUUUAAUAAGAUCAUUGUUUUACGGUUGGUAACAGAAGGGCGUUGACAUUUAUCAAAAAGGCAAAACGUGAAGAUGCAUCUGUGACGUUAAUUUGUCAAUAGAAAUUUUAUCAGAUUUGUUGUUAUGGUUGGUUUUUUAUGAAUUAAACGAGAAAGAUGUCAAUUAAUUUAACAAAAAAUAAAGAUGCCUUGGUGGCUGCCUGGCACAGCGUAGUUGACGAUAAAUCGUCUACUAACUGGGCUUUGUUUGGAUAUGAAGGACAAACUAACAAUUUAAAAGUGGUUGGUUCUGGAAAUGGAGGUCUGGAAGAAAUGAUUGAUUCUUUAAAUAGUAGUCAUAUCAUGUAUGCCUUUUGUCGUGUAAUAGACACUAAAACAAGCUUACCAAAAUGUCUUUUAAUAAAUUGGCAAGGAGAAGGAGCACCAAUUGUUAGAAAGGGUACCUGUGCAAAUCAUAUUAGAGAUAUAGAAAAAUUAUUAAAAGGUGCACAUAUAACAAUUACUGCUCGUUCUGAAGAUGAUGUCGAAGUAGAUUCUAUUAUGGAAAAACUUGCUAGAGCAACAGCUUCAGCAUAUAAAUUUAAUGAACCACGUGGUGAAAAUGAAGGUAAUACAGGUCCAGUAGGAACUACAUAUCGCAGAGUAAUUCCUGAACAAGAAAUAAAUGCAACAGAACGUGAUCAAUUCUGGCAAAGGGAGGAAAUGGAGGAGAAAAAAAGAUUAGAACAAGAACGUAUUAAAUGUGAAAAAGAACGACAACGGCUUGAAGAAGAAAUUAGAACUAGAGAAGAAAAAGAAACAUUGCUCAGAGAACAAAAAGUCACUGCCAAAGAAAAUUCAAUAGCGCGACAAAAAUUGGCAGAACAACGUGCCGAAGAGGCGAACAAUUUACGUAAUCAAUUAGCUGCAAGUCAACAUUAUAGCAAUGAUGUUGAUGAUGAUCAUAGAUCACGAAGUGAAGAAUUGCGGCGACAGAGAAGCAAAGAAACGCAACAAUUAAUAGCACAAAGAACAAUAAAUGCACGAGCUGUUUUUGAACAAAAUUCAGCAGCUGGUCAAAUGAAGUCUUCUCCAGUACAACAACAAUAUAUACCGAAGAAUAGUCAUGUAGAAGCAGCUAAAAAAGCAAUUGAAGAAAGUCAACAAAAGGAUGUAUCUCAUACUAAAGUACAGGAAGAAACGAAAAUAGUAAAGAAUAAAACACAUAAUGUUGAUAGUAUAGUAACUACUACUGUUUCAAAUACAUCUUCACCUCCGAAUCAAGUUCAUGAAUCAAAAUUGUCAGAACUAGAGGAAUCUCAGCAAUCAUCAAUGACAAAAGAAGUAGUUACUGAAAAUGAAUUGUACAGUCAAAUGGAUGGUCAGUACUUAUAUUUUGAUCCAAAUAAUGAAGGAAUGAAAGCAAGAGCUUUAUAUGAUUAUCAAGCAGCUGAUGAUACAGAAAUUACAUUUGAUCCUGGAGAUAUUAUUACACACAUAGAUGCUAUUGAUGAAGGAUGGUGGCAAGGUCUUGGUCCUGAUGGUACUUAUGGACUUUUUCCUGCUAACUACGUUGAAGUUAUUGAUUAUAGUACAACAUGAUAAAAACAAUUUUUAUGCAAAUAGUUCUUUUUUCCAAUUAAAUCACACUUGCUUGUUUGCAUAUAAAAAGUGACAUUCAAUAUUCUAAUAAUUUUGCACUUUUUUUCAAUAAAUAACUUACAGUGUUUAGAUGCGACGUAUUUCGACGAAUAUAAAAAAACAAUAAUAAUAUUAAUUAAAAUAAGAGAAUUAUUUAUGUUUUAAAUAAAUGCACAUUCAAUAAUGAAGAAAAUCAAUAUUUCUAAUAAUAAUCACGUAAAAGAUAAAUAUUGUUAAUAUUUUAGCGAACAAGAUUUAAAAAAUUAAUAAUCUUAUAAUGCCACUUCAUAUACAAAUAGCGAAGUACGUCUUCCCAUUCAAUGUCACAAAUUAAAUAAAUUAGUAAACAAAUAUAUCUUUUUAUAACAUUCUACGUCGAAAAUCGAUGCGCUCAUAGAAAUAGCAUAUUUAAUAAUUUAGCAAGUAUCCUUUAAAUAUAUUUACAGGAUGUAAUAAUAACUAUUUAGGAACAUGUUUAAUUGUUUAAACAAUAAAUUAAAUUUGUUAUAGUA